GUAUGAGUUUAAUGACUCUUGUGUCACUGCUGUUCACGAAGACAAGUGCCACUCAGCCGACGCCUAUAUGCUCACCUACGAGCUCCGCUCCAGCCGCGAAGACUCAAUGCGCAGAAUAGCCAAAGUCAAAGCAGCAAACAGAAUUCCCCCACACCCCAGUGAGCAGCAGCAGCAGCAGCAGCAGCAGCAGCAGCAGCAGCAGCCCCCCGUGCGCCCCUGGGUCAUGUAG